AUGGGAGAAAACUGACGCCCAGUUCCCACCGACCGCCCCCCCCCUCACACAAACCACCUCCUCCUCCUUCUUCCUCCUUCCUUCUCCCAACGCAUCUAUGGACCGUAACCCUAACACUGACCUUUAUCACUUCUCUUUCUCCAGAUCAUCUAUCAACUAGUACAAUUAUUCAAAAAAUUGAAGUAAUUGACACUCUUCUAAAGCCUCUCUUUGGGUGUUUGGAUCUCACCAUUUGCGUGAUUUUGUGAUUUUGAAACAAUUUCGAGUCUCUCGCUUGCUAACAGGGCAUUUUUCAUUUCUAUGUCUGUACAUAUACUGGAGAAAGCUACUUGCUUUAGCGGACUUGUCCUCAUUGUAUCAAUGCCUGACUCACACCACACAUAUCCUGGUCCCAGUUUGCUCAACUCCAUUUGCGGCCUGCUAAUAUAGGCAUGCAGCUACUUUGCUGCAGCUUGGAAACACCUCCUCCUUGGUGCUGACAUCAUAGAGGUGUUUUGCUAUUCAUUUUGUGCUACUUUACAAUGCACUGGAAUUAACCGCUUUCAUGUAUUCAUUAAUUAAUUGUUUUGGCAAAAAUGGUGUUUGGUAGAGUAGCAGAUAUAUUUAAUGCUGCAAUAGGUCGUUUGACAGCUGCUAAGUCUUCUUCUGCUCAGUAUAUAUCAACUGGAUCAUCACCGCCUCCAGUUGAAACCAUUGACCAUGGCUUUAGUUUUGCAAAUGCUGGCCGCAAGAAUAAUUUGAGACUUUCUUCGUCUCUUCAAGAUUUCUCAUCAUAUCGUCGACUUGAUCUUGAAGGAGGUGGGUAUAGCGUUGGAACUGAUAGGAAGCCACCUUUGUUGCAGAGAGAAAAUGCUGGCUCAAGUUUCUCAAAGGAGAAAGCAUUGCCUGCUGGAAACCCAUUUUUGCGGAGGAAGUGGGUGCGGUUUUUCAUGAUUCUUUUGUGCCUGUUACUGCUCGCUUUCUUAACUUAUCUGAUUACAAUGUAUAUUAUUUCAUAUUGGUCUCAAGGAGUUUCCAAGUUCUAUGUUGUUCUUGAUUGUGGAAGUACUGGCACUCGAGCCUAUGUAUAUCAGGCAUCAAUUGAUCACAAGAAAGAUGGUAAUCUGCCCAUUGUUCUUAAAUCAUUUACAGAGGGUCAUUCUAGAAAGUCAAAUGGACGGGCAUAUGACAGGAUGGAAACUGAGCCUGGGCUUCACAUGUUAGUACAUAAUAUUUCUGGAUUAAAGGCUGCUAUAAAUCCUCUUGUUCAGUGGGCUGAGAAGCAAAUCCCUGAGCAUGCACAUAAGGCUACCUCUCUUUUCCUUUAUGCUACAGCUGGGGUUCGCAGGCUGCCAACUACUGAUUCAAAUUGGCUUCUAGACAAUGCAUGGUCCAUACUGAAGAGUUCACCUUUCCUGUGCCAGAGAAAAUGGGUCAAGGUUAUCAGUGGAAUGGAUGAAGCUUACUAUGGAUGGAUAUCGCUUAAUUAUCAAACAGGUGUAUUGGGGAAUAGUCCCAAGAAAGUAACAUUCGGUGCACUUGACAUGGGCGGGUCAUCAUUACAGGUUACAUUUGAGAGCAAAGACCUUGGCCAUAAUGAGACUGACCUAAACCUUAGAAUUGGAGCUGCUUAUCAUCAUCUCACUGCCUAUUCUCUUGCGGGCUACGGCUUAAAUGACGCAUUUGACAAGUCUGUUGUUCAAAUUUUUAAAGGGCUCCCUACUACUGAUCUAGUCAAAAAAGGGAACAUAGAAAUCAAGCACCCCUGUUUGCAAUCCGGCUACAAGGAGCAAUACAUCUGUUCUCAGUGUGCUUCUGUUCUACAGAGUAGUGCCGGUCCUGUUGUUGUAGGAAGAAAUUCAGGUAAGGGAGUCAAGCCAGGAGUCCCUGUGCAGCUUAUUGGUGCUCCAAAUUGGCAAGAAUGCAGCGCACUGGCUAAAGUUGCUGUUAAUUUGUCUGAGUGGUCUAAUCAAAGUGCACCACUUGACUGUGAUUUGCAACCUUGUGCUCUACCUGAUAUUUAUCCCCGUCCUUAUGGCCAGUUUUAUGCCAUGUCUGGCUUUUUUGUGGUUUAUCGGUUUUUUAACCUGACUUCAGAAGCUUCACUUGAUGAUGUUUUGGAGAAGGGGCAAGAAUACUGUCAAAAGACAUGGGAAGCUGCAAAAAACAGUGUCCCUCCACAGCCUUUUAUUGAACAAUACUGCUUUAGGGCACCAUACAUAGUGUUACUGUUGAGAGAGGGUUUACACAUCACAGAUGACCACAUCAUUAUUGGCUCUGGAAGUAUUACUUGGACUCUUGGGGUUGCUCUCUUUCAAGCUGGGAAGGCAUUUUCACCUAGGUUGAGGCUUCCUAGCUAUGAAAUACUCCAGAUGAAGAUACAUCCAAUAGUUCUUAUUGUUGUUCUGGCUACAUCACUGGUUUUGCUGAUUUGCGCACUAUCAUGUCUUGGCAACUGGAUGCAGAGAUUUUUUCGAAGACCAUAUCUUCCGCUUUUCAGGCAUAACAGUGCAUCUGCUACAUCAGUACUAAGUAUCCCUUCUCCUUUCCGGUUCCAGCGUUGGAGUCCAAUUAGUUCUGGAGAUGGAAGAGUAAAGAUGCCACUGAGUCCAACAGUUGCUGGUGGCCAGCAAGGACCAUUUGGCUUGGCACAUGGUCUAAGUAGCAGUGGCAUCCAGCUCAUGGAAUCAUCCUUAUACCCAUCAACCAGUGGAGUAUCACAUAGUUAUUCUUCAAGUAGCUUAGGGCAGAUGAUGGAGAAUAAUAGCAUGGGUUCAUUCUGGUCUCCUCACAGAAGUCAGAUGCGUCUUCAAAGCAGGAGAUCGCAAUCUCGAGAAGACCUCAGUUCCUCUUUGGCUGAGGCACACUUGGUGAAGGUCUAGGGGGUUAGACUUCUGGAAGUUAUGGUAUAGUGACUUUCUUUUCUACGUUAUAAUUUUCACAGGGAAAAGGACUGCAAUAAUCUUUACUGAUGGAGGAAAAAGAAAAAGGGUAAAAAGAGGAGAGAGUUGGACGGGUGGGAUAGAUGGCACUGGUUUGAACAUCCUUUACCAAUGGUCUUAUUUAACAAUUCCAUUCUAGGGAUUCUUUUCUAGCACAUGUCUUUGGAUGAAAAUUAAAUUACUGAAUCUCAAUUUGUCGAGAAUUUUCAAAGCUGAGAAUACAUGUACAGGGGAGACCAAAUUUAUCAUCUUUAAUUCACAUUAGCAUACC